ACAUUAACUGAAACAGAUCUCUUCCAAAGUUUACGAAAGUUUCAAAACAAAACCAAAAAAUAAAACAGGGAAUUUUUUUUUCUCUUUGUCUAAGACGAGAAUGUCUAGAUUAAAUCUGGUUUAGUUCUGAUAAUGCUAGGGUUAAUGUUGGAAACAGACAUUGGGGAAUCAAUGAGAUUUGAGUUGGACUCAGGGAACACCAAAUGCAUUUCAGAAGACAUCAAGCCAAAUGCAAUGACUGUUGGCAAAUACAACAUUGUCAAUCCAAAUGAAGGUUACUCUUUGCCUGAUACCCACAAACUCACUGUUAGGGUGACUUCACCUUAUGGGAACAAUUAUCACCUUGGAGAUCAUGUGGAUUCAGGUACUUUUGCAUUCACUGCAGCCGAGGGUGGUGAUUACACUACUUGUUUUUGGGCUAUUGAGCACAAGCCUCCGGUAAGGAUUACCAUUGAAUUUGAUUGGAAAACUGGUGUUGCUGCUAAGGGUUGGUCCAAGGUUGCCAAGAAAGGGCAGGUUGAAACAAUGGAACUUGAGUUGAAGAAAUUGUAUGACACUGUCACAUCCAUUCAUGAAGAGAUGUUUUAUCUUCGUGAGAGGGAGGAAGAAAUGCAACAGCUUAAUAGUGAAACAAAUUCCAAAAUGGCUACUCUUAGCUUCUUUUCGCUUGUUGUUUGCAUGUGUGUGGCUGGGUUGCAGAUAUGGCAUCUAAAGACAUUUUUUGAGAGGAAGAAGCUCCUGUAAUUUUGCUUUGUUCUCCUUCUAACUUUGAUGUGUGGAAGCUACAGGCUUCUCAUAUGUACCUUCAUUGUUCUUUUCAGAGGCUAAAUGUAAUAAGACUAAUUUAUGAAUCAAGCUGGAAUUGUAGUCUGCAGAAGUUCACAAUAGAAAAUUUUCCUAUCUGCUGUAGUUUGAACAUUAUUUAUUUUUGAUUAAUUUGCUGAGUUGUGUUAUACCUUAAUGGCCACGUCAGUAACAUUCACGUCAUCAGGGCUUACACAUGGCUGUCUAACUAGCCACGCGAUCUAUGAGGGUUUAAAAGGGGGAAUCAGAGCAGACAUGCAUCGUAUUUACUACUCUACUCUCUUUACUUUCUCUCUCACCAUCUUAACAUCCAGCGGGUCUCUCUCACAUCAAGAUCUGAAAUUACAUUAACAAAUCGAAUUACAGUUCUUGACUAUCCUUUUAGUUGAAGAAAACUUGUAACUGUUCCUAAUGAAAAAAGCACGAGGAUUUACAAAAGAAAUCCCUGAUUAUAGUGCUUACAAGUAGUAUAAUUCGUGAUUGAUUCGAUAUCAGUUAGCUACACACUCAGAAGUAUAAUGCUUAGGAAUUAAGAUCCCGUCCUAACAAGAGUUCAGUCAUAACCUGAGACUAAAGCUGAAAUAUAGCUGAUGUCUUACUGAGUGGUAUUGCCAACUCAUUCUGAUGUUUGUUCCGAAUUCUAAUGAAUCUGUACAUGACUCAAAUGCAUACAUGAUUUUAGAGAAUCACAAUGGAAAAUUGUCAUAUGAAACAACGAAGGUAAUUGAUGUUUAGAUGAAUCUAGAAGCCAAAGUUCAAUUUGUAGUUAUGCCAAGUCUCACCUUUCAUAUAUCAAUCAAUUAAAUAGUAAAUACAAGCUUCGAUAAUAAGCACGACCAAGUGCAGCAAACUAGAUUUUGGGGGGGAUUUUAUUGACAAUCACGGACAGUGACACACACACAUGAAGCACUCAGAAACAGCAGGAUGAAUUGAGAAUUAAGAUGUUUCCCCAGCCGAUAGUAGACUUGAGGUUGAGAUGCAAAUCAAGAGGUAGAGGUUACCCACUAGAAGUUCCUCGUGAUAUGACAAAAGUUCCUGAGCUUGACAUUGUAAGCAGCAGAAGAAAAACAUGAGCCUUGCACAUUGCACGGUAAAUCAUUCCUUAAACAAUCCAAAGCUCUCAUGUUGCAGACAAGAUGGGAAUUCCUCUGUUUCUUCUUUGUCAUGACAAAGAAUUAAAGCAAAAAAAGAAAGUUGGAGAUGCGGGGGAUCGAACCCCGUACCUCUCGCAUGCAAAGCGAGCGCUCUACCAUUUGAGCUACAUCCCCACUUCUUUAUUUGCCACAAAAUAAAAGGAUUAAUUACUCUUAACUGUAUUCAUUCUUUCAAAUUGAUUCAUUCAAUGUCGAUGUGACAUAAUCGUGGAUUAUCACCAGAAAUCACAGCAAGAACGUGAUCCUUGCUUAAAACAAUGAAACAGUUGCGAUCUCUGACAACAUUUUCCUGGUUGUAGAUCUUCGAAGGAAUGAUUUUGUUGAGCACAUAACAGACGGAGUAAGCGAGAAGAGAAGGAAGGGAAGGCUCGGAGGUUGGCCAUGUCAUCCAUCUUAAUUUUCCAAGCAACAAUGAACAGAGAAGGGCCAUAUUCUUUAAA